ACUAGGGCGAGUUAGAGCAGUCCAAUAUGACGGCCGAAGACUUUUGCAAUUCUUAUAACGAAAUUUCCUUUCAAGCGCCUUGGGGAGUUAUUGCAGCAAAAGCAUGGGGAACGGAAGAUGGUAAGCCUUUCCUUGGGCUGCAUGGCUGGCUAGACAACGCUAACACAUUUGACAGCAUAGCUCGCUUGCUUCCUGAAAACAUUCGAUUUGUUGUAAUGGAUUUCCCGGGACACGGCCUAUCUUCUCAUCGAUGGCCUGGAAUGCCGUAUCUCCACUUCGAAUAUGUUGCUGAUGUUAAGAAAGUUGUCUCUCAACUGGGAUGGGAGAAGUUUUCUAUCAUAUCCCACAGCAUGGGAGCAUUUGUGGCAUCGCUGUAUGCGGGGACAUUCCCAAAUGAAGUAGAGAAUCUUGUCUUGAUUGAGUAUGGUGGUUACCCUGCUAGGAGCGCAGAGAAACCCGACUUUCGGUUAGCUAGAUAUGCAGCUGGAAUGGCGAACAUGAACCCAAGACUUCCCCGCGUUUAUGAAAGCGUAGAAGCAGCGGCUGCCAGGCGAGAAGAGCCAUCUUUGAAUGGUAACACUUUACGUAAACAUGAUGCGUUGUUAAUAACAAAGAGAGGAAGCACCGCCACCAAGGAUGGUGUUGUUUUUUCGCAUGAUCCAAUGAUUAGAGAAUUGGUCUUACCUUUUUUUCCACCUGUAUUCUCUAUAUUACUAGUUCUGUCCAAGAUCAAGUGUGCAGUGUUGAUAUUAGAAGGUUCAGAUAGUCUCCACUUGGAAGAGAAAGGUCAAGAAACUCGUCUUGAAAAGCUCAGUGCCAUUUGCCAGCAUGCAAAGUUCAAGAUGUGGAAGACCCUUCAAGGAGGCCACCAUUUGCAUCUUGAUAAUCCUGAACAAACUGCACUACAAAUCAAACAAUUCUUAGCUCUUUGUGAAUCCCAAGAUUGUGAUUUGCACACCAGCAAGCUCUAGUACUUAGAUAUUGUAUAUGUAGAAUGAAGGCAAUGUAGCCUUUUGAAGACUAAUUCAUAGCUAUUUUUUUUAGAAUAAUAGAUUAUUAUAGACUACCCAUUCUUUUGCGAACUGCUCGAAAAUACAGUUUCAUUUUUGUCCAGUUCGACUACUCACCAUAAAGCUUAGAAAGUAAGAACACCUGGAAAUUAUUGGUAAAAGUUUACAGUUGUUAGAUCUUACCACAAAUGCAACUGGACAUGUUAUAAGAAACAACAGAAAUGUCAUGAAAUCUCAAUGCAAGGUAACCAAAGAAAUCAAACUUCAACCAACAAUAGUCUUCCAUCAGUGAUUACAACUUUUACAAAUGAAAUUGGGUUAUCCACCCAUUACUACCCUGCAAGCAGAGCGGCUUUCAUCUUUCCUAGAUAAGGUCUAUCUAGGAAAGAUAGAAGUGGCUCACCCUCAGGGUAACGCUCAACAUGCAGUGGCGAACACAUUGGGGAACAGACUAAGUAUACGAGAACAGUGAAGAUAUCUAUGAAAACUCAGGGUCAGUAUUGACCACUGUCAAUGGAAACAAUGCAAAAGUCUGUUGUAUCAUUAUGUAUUGUUGCUUCUGCUAUAGUCGACGGAAGGCCAAAUCCUUGUGAGCUUGUUUUAAACCUGAUGUGAUAUCUUUAAACUACAACAUUCUAUUUCUCCAAAUUAGCUUGUGGAACGUGAGAGAAGCUGCAUUGUAAACAAAACUCUCAAAUGCACAAGGGGAAGGCUGUGAAAUUGUUCUAUAGCUACCACAUUGUUACACCUUAAAAGCUUGUGUGCACCUGUUGAUUUAUUCACUGGGUCUGGUUUUACCCUUCAUACUGGGUAUUUUUGAAGAUUUACUGAUUUUAUUUUUACAAAUACAGUGGAAACCCUCAUGAGCAGACACUCUUGGGACAUGCAAAAAACUGAAAAUGGCCACUUGCUUGAAGUGAUCCUCCUAAGCGGCCACCAGUACCCUGGUGUGACGGAUAGCCCUCAAACUUGAAAGUGGAACCUUAACAACGUUAUUACACCCCACAAGCUUAAUAAAAAAGCAACAAUUUGCUAGUUUUGGGUCACAAAUUCUAAUCACCUUAAAAGCUUGAUCUCAAUUGCAAAAAUAGAUGGACCUUUUUACGACUUUUACCUAUGUCACACUUUUCCGAUUUUUACAUUCAAACCAAAACUAAACUUCACAGCUCAAUUUAUCACGCUGAAUUUAGUUAAUAUGUGAAGUUUCAUAAGAAUCUGUUGCAAGCUCGUAAAAAUAUAUGACCCCUAACUUUACAUUUUUUACAAUGGAAUCAGGAGCAGCUCCUGAAUGGAAUACAAUUCUUUGUAAAAUCAGGGGUGGAUCCAGGAUUUUUCUUAGGAGAGGAUGCACCACUAAGGAAUGGCAUCACACCAAUAAACCACAUAGUCAAUUUUUUUGCAGAAUACCAGUUUUAAUAGAAAGCUGCAUCUCAUCCAGGGGGUGGGGUUGCGCACCCCCUGCACUCUUGCCCUAGAUUUGCCCCUGCAUAUUUUUAUGAAUUUGAGACGGAUUGUUAUGAAACUUCGUUGAUUUUUUUAAAUUCGGUAUGAUAAAUUGUACUGUGGAGCUGAUUUUUUUGUUUAUUUGAAAAAUACGAAUUACGACAAAUUGUUGAUAUUGCGUGACACCGAAGAAAAAAGCCAUUACGUAACACGCACCCUCGUUUCCACUCUAAUGAGGAACAGACUGGGGCGAGUAAACGUAUAUUCAAUAUGGCGGA